GGGCACUCUUUGAAGCUAUCUAUAUAAAUGCAAAAUGUCGUCCGUCCGGAAGAAGUUGAAACCCUAACCUGAUAUAGCUCAGGCUUCUUCAGGGUUUAGCAUCGCAGGGGUGGGGAUUAGGGGAAGGGCUUCAGCGAAAACAAAGAACGAGUAGUCAUGGCCGUCCCUCUGUUGACGAAGAAGAUCGUGAAGAAACGCGUCAAGCAGUUUAAGAGGCCGCAGAGCGACCGCAAGAUCUGUGUCAAGCCUAGCUGGCGUAGGCCCAAGGGUAUUGACUCUCGUGUCAGAAGAAAGUUCAAAGGAUGUGUGUUGAUGCCCAAUAUUGGUUAUGGCUCAGACAAGAAGACUCGCCACUAUCUUCCCAAUAGAUUCAAGAAAUUUUUGGUGCACAAUGUCAAGGAGCUUGAAAUACUGAUGAUGCACAACAGGAAUUACUGCGCUGAAAUUGCACACAAUGUGUCCACAAAGAAGCGAAAGGAAAUUGUAGAACGUGCUGCUCAGCUUGAUGUUGUUGUUACAAACAAACUUGCUAGGUUGCGCAGCCAGGAAGAUGAAUAAGCUGGAGGCAGUAUUUUCCCUGCUAUGCAAGUGAUAUAUCUUAAACUAAAUUAUUAGGAAGCUGCUAUUUGCUUAGUAUACUUUCAUGGAUUUUGUCAAAUUUUUCUGGAAUUUUUGCUGUAGCUAUUGCAAGCUAGUGUGAUUUUAGUCCACUUGGCUGUGGGAGACUAAUUUGGUGUUUACUUUGGUAUUUGCUCAGUCUAGAAUUCAUCCAUGAAUAGCUGAUUGUGAACUUUUACAUUU